UUACUGGCUCAGUGACGAGUGAUGUAGAAAGGUCAGUCUUCCUUCCUGAGCACCACAGCACUGCAGAGUUUAAAGGUUUUCACACUUGAUUCUAGUUUUGAUGAUGAACUGCUGAUGUGAAUAAGUUUGCGCUGAAGCUGAGAAGCUCUGCACUCUGGUGCUUCAAGACGGAACUGAUGCAUUACCUAAACACAUGUCUGAUCUGCACACAUUUCACAGCCAAUUUAUUUCUGUCUCCACAGUUGAAAAAUGGUGCAUUUUCCCUGAAGACCCACAGAGCAGAGAUCAGUUUCUAAAAUAUUUCUGUCAUCUGACUCUGGAUCCCAACACGGCACAUUACAACCUCAUUCUAUCUGAGAAAAACAAAGUGGUGACACUCAGUGAGACGCAGCAGCCGUACUCUGAUCAUCCAGAGAGAUUUGACUACUAUGAGCAGGUGUUGAGUAAGGAGAGUGUGUGUGGACGCUGUUACUGGGAGGUGGAGAUUCGUGGUACGGGAGAUGUGCAUAUAUCAGUCUCAUAUAAAGACAUCAUCAGGAAAGGGAAAGGUGCUGAUCGUGCAUUUGGAGGCAACAAGCAGUCUUGGACAUUGCGGUAUUUAUCUUCUAUUCGUUCUUUCUAUCACAACAAUAAUAGACUUGAUUUAAGAGCUCCAGUGACCUCCAGAAUAGGAGUGUAUGUGGAUCACAGUGCAGGAACUCUGUCCUUCUACAGCGUCUCUGACACGAUGGAGCUCCUCCACAGAGCUUACGCCAUAUUCACUCAGCCUCUGUACGUUGGGUUUAGGUUGUACUGGAACAUUUACUCUGGAAUAGACCCAGCCAUGAUUUUGUGUGAUCCUAAAAAAUAAAGUUUGUAGUAUGGUAUAGUCAGUUGUUUGCCAUUAUUUUUUUUUUUUACCUUGCACUCAUUUUUUUAUUGGUCCACAACUGUGGAAAAACUUUAAUGCUUAAAUAAAAAAUAAAAAAACUUACUAAGAUCAGUUACCAUAAAAAAAAGGAAAUUUAUUGAAUUGAUUGCCAAUGAUAUACAGUUCUGUAUAAAAGUCUUAGACACCCCUAGUUUUUACUGAGUCAGUUCAAAAAUAUUUCUGGUUUUCAAACACCAUUACAUAUUAUAUAAGAAACCACGUUUUAGACAAAUAAAUAAAAUGGAAGCUGCAGUGUUCUGCAUGCAAAAUGAAGCAGGUGCAACAGUCAGAAGUUCCGCAGAAGAAUUAAAAAAUGUUGGAACAUGUUAGUUUUAUACUAUGCAUAGACAAUUCUGUUAAUAGAAAAUGUUUGUUGGACUUAUGAACAAAUUGGAAUUACAAAUGAGCUCUCGGAACAGAACUUGUUCUUAUGUUGGGGACUUACUGUACUAACACUAAAUAUUAUUAAUAAUUGGUAAUAUGGUAAUUGUGAUUUGGUUAAAACCUUUACAGACUUCAAUAAACCAAGUAUUUUACUGCAUAUCAUACUGUGUAUGACUGACAAAUAAAAUUUACAUUUGAAUUUUAAACCCUUAAAAAUGGCUGCAUUGUUACAAAUGUUGCAUUGUGGGUACUUGUACAGGUUGC